AUGAGCUCAGUCAUAAUACCGGGAGAUUCGCUUCCAGUGGAACUUGAAAGUGGUCAGGUCAUUAUUGGACCUGGAAUUUAUAAAUACCCGAAAACACAGCAGAUUAUUCCACAGCAAGCUGGACUUCUCAAUGUCAGCCAUCCCAACAAGAAAUCUUCAGAUCAACUUUUAUACAUCGAGUCAAACUCCAAGAGAUACAUCCCACAGGUGAAUGAUUUUGUCAUUGGAAUCAUUACUGGAGUGUUCGGAGAGUUUUUCAAGGUGUCGCUUCAGGAAUUCUCUUCUCAAGUGCAACUUUCCAUGAUGGCAUUUCCAAAUGCGACGAAGAAGAAUAGACCUAACUUGAAAGUUGGACAAGCAGUUUACGCUCGUGUAAGUGAGGCUGUUGCGGAGGUUGACACCGAGAUAGAGUGCGUGGAUGCCGAAACUGGUAAAGAGGGAGGCUUCGGGCUUCUUGAUGAAUCUGGAUACAUAUUCGAAAUCAACUUGAACUUUGCAAGAGAGCUCUUAUUCAACAAGAAAUGUGUCUUUCUAGAGAAGUUGGCGGCACGCUGUGCAUUUGAGAUUGCUAUUGGAAUUAAUGGUAAAGUUUGGAUCAAAUGCGGCAGGGGCCUCACAUUUGAAGCACCAGUUAAGACUGAGGACGGUGAAGAUGAUGAAAUGGACGUGGAUAGUGCCACUGUUACUUUACGAGACAUGAAGAUGACGUUGGCUGCUGCAAGAUACUUAAUGGCCUGUCAGAAUGUCACCACUGACAAGGCCGAUGAAGAGUUGAAAAAGGCAUUCAAGGGUACUCAGUAG